AUGCCCUGCAACGACAUCAACAACCCCUCCUUCGAAGGCGGCUUCGACUUCUGGUACCCCGGCGCAAACCCCUACUACACCACCGCCUGGGUCGGCUCCGGCGACGCCUACGCGGGCGACCAAUUCGUCACCAUCGCAACAACCCCCGAGUACCCCAUCGGCACCGUGAACCAAGACCUCUACUGGCUCGACGACGAAGUCCCCUACGAGCUCACCGUGCACUUCCGCCUCGUGGAGCCGUUUGGUUUGAUUAACGGGUGCACGGUUUCCGCUUUGCUGGGCGAGCAUGAGAUUGCGAGCCUGGUUGUUGAGGAGGCUGGGGACUGGGCGCCUCUGACUGGCGAGAUCACGCCUCCUGAGCGCAAUAUGACGAUUUCGCUGAAGGCUGUUUGUGGCUUUGGGGAGGGUGGGAGCGAGUUGCAGGGGCAGGUGCUGUUUGAUGAGGUGCUUUUUGGACCGCGGUGUGACUAG